CGCUAGGAUGCUUUUUGGGCAAAGUGAAUGGAACCCCCCGCGAAACUCAGGGCAAAGGGCUAGGUGAGGGCAGCGGCUUCACGGAGGCUUCACUUCCUCGCUGGGCAUGCGCACAGACUUGGCACAUGCUCAUUCCGGCCGCACGAGGGGCUCUGGGCAUGUGCAGAAGCGAAAUGGGUACAUUCUGAAGCAGGGCAGUUUCAGCUAUGACACCUGCAGCAUGUGCCAGGAGCUGCAGCAGCAGCAGCAACAGCAGCAGCAGCCUGUGCGCGGUGCAUCUUUCUCUCUCCAGAGCGGUAAAUAUCAGCUGAUCCUCUGUGACAGCAGCAACAGCAAGAGCAGCAGGAGCAGGAGAAGCCAGCAACCCACAGAGCUUUUCUGGAGAAUGAUUGAAGACUGUGGGAAAAGAGGAACCACCAUGGCAGAAAGGAGACAGCUGUUUGCAGAAAUGCGGGCUCAAGAUCUGGAUCGCAUCCGUUUAUCCACCUACAGAACAGCAUGCAAGCUUAGAUUUGUACAGAAGAAAUGCAACUUGCACUUAGUGGAUAUUUGGAAUGUAAUAGAAGCAUUGCGGGAAAAUUCAUUGAACAACCUGGACCCGAACAUAGAACUGAAUGUGGCUCGAAUUGAAGCUGUCCUGUCCACCGUUUUUUACCAACUGAACAAACGUAUGCCAACUACCCACCAGAUCAACGUAGAGCAAUCCAUCAGCUUACUACUCAACUUCCUGCUGGCAGCUUUUGAUCCAGAAGGACAUGGAAAAAUGUCUGUCUUUGCUGUCAAAAUGGCCUUGGCAACACUUUGUGGAGGAAAGAUCAUGGACAAAUUGAGAUAUAUUUUCUCAAUGAUUUCAGACACCAGCGGUGUAAUGGUUUAUGGUAAAUAUGACAUGUUUCUGCGAGAAGUCCUUAAACUACCCACGGCGGUCUUCGAAGGUCCUUCUUUUGGAUACACAGAGCAGUCAGCAAAAUCCUGUUUUUCUCAACAGAAAAAAGUCACACUGAAUGCUUUUUUGGACACUCUCAUGUCUGAUCCUCCACCGCAAUGCCUGGUCUGGUUACCACUUCUGCAUCGAUUGGCAAAUGUUGAGAAUGUCUUCCACCCUGUCGAGUGUUCCUACUGCCAUAGCGAGAGCAUGAUGGGAUUUCGCUAUCGAUGCCAGCAGUGUCACAAUUACCAGCUCUGUCAAGAUUGCUUCUGGAGGGGACAUGCCAGUGGUUCCCAUAGCAACCAGCACCAAAUGAAAGAAUACACGUCAUGGAAAUCACCUGCUAAGAAGCUAACUAAUGCACUUAGCAAGUCUUUAAGCUGUGCUUCCAGCCGUGAACCUUUGCACCCAAUGUUCCCUGACCAGCCUGAAAAACCUCUAAACUUGGCUCAUAUUGUGCCUCCCAGACCAGUCACCAGCAUGAAUGACACAUUGUUCUCCCACUCUGUUCCUUCAGGAAGCCCUUUCACAAACAGAAGGUUACAUGAGGGUAUAAAUGUAGCCAGUCCUGUGGCUGAUGAGCACUCUCUUAUAAAGCUGUAUGUAAAUCAGCUUCACAACAAUUUACGCUCUCCUUACAAGAAUAAUGAAGUAGAGCAGAACAAAUUGCUGGCUAGGGCUGCUCCAGCUUUUUUGAAAGGCAAAGGGUUACAGUAUAGCCUCGAUGUUGCAGACAGGCUGGCUGAUGAACAUGUUCUCAUUGGGUUGUAUGUCAACAUGCUCCAGAACAACCCCUCACGUUUGCUCGACAGCCCAAACCGUCUAGAUGAAGAGCACAGACUGAUCGCAAGGUAUGCAGCAAGACUGGCAGCUGAGACUACUUCAUCACAACUGCAACAGCAACCACAACCACAACAGAGAGGUGCUCCAGAUAUCUCAUUCUCUAUUGAUGCUAAUAAGCAACAAAGACAGCUUAUUGCAGAACUUGAAAAUAAGAACAGAGAAAUCUUACAAGAGAUUCACAGGCUGCGACUUGAACAUGAGCAGGCGUCUCAACCCACUCCAGAGAAGGCAGCGCAGAAUCCUACUCUCCUGGCAGAACUUCGGCUCCUGAGGCAGAGGAAGGAUGAGCUUGAACAGAGGAUGUCAGCUCUUCAGGAAAGCCGGAGAGAACUCAUGGUUCAGUUAGAAGGCCUCAUGAAACUGCUAAAGGAAGAAGAAUUGAAGCAGGGAACCCAAGGGGCAGGCUCCCCACGCUCUUCUCCCAGCCACACUAUCAGCCGGCCUAUUCCUAUGCCCAUCAGAUCUGCGUCUGCCUGCUCGACUCCAGCCCACACACCUCAGGACUCUCUGACAGGCGUGGGAGGAGAUGUGCAGGAAGCCUUUGCGCAAGGUUCAAGAAGAAAUUUAAGGAAUGACUUGCUGGUAGCAGCAGAUUCAAUCACCAACACUAUGUCUUCUCUGGUGAAAGAACUGAACUCAGACGUUGGAAGUGAGACAGAGAGUAAUGUAGAUUCUGAGUUUGGUCGGACUCAUUUUGAUGACCUUGUUCCAUCGCCAACUUCUGAAAAGGCUUUCCUUGCGCAGAUUCAUGCCCGGAAGCCAGGAUACCUUCACAGUGCAGCUGCCUCUGGCACCAUCCGCAGUGAUAUGGUUACAGAAGAUGGAGACCCUUACGUUAGAGCAGAUGAUGAGAACUAUGAAAAUGACUCUGUUCGCCAGCUAGAGCAUGAGCUCAAGAUGGAGGAAUAUUUGAAACAAAAGCUGCAGGAUGAAGCUUAUCAGGAAAGCUGCAGUCAAAUGGACAAUGAAAGUGACAGAAGAAAGGAGGAGGAGGAGGAGGAGGAGGAGAGCUGCACUCAGACGGAUGACAGAGAGAGCCUGGCUGCCAGCUUCACAGAAGAAGCAGAACAACAACACAUGCAGCCCCUCUGACAUAAGAUAACCAACUAGUUUUGAAGACUGUAGCACAGUAUUUUUGUUCUACCAGUUGUAGUUUGUAGGUGUUUGUUUUGAAGAGAAAAAAAAGACUUUUUAUUUAAAGCUAACUUAUAUCAGCUACAUUCUAUGUAACAUGGCUCAUUACUGGUGAAGAACACAGGCUGAAACAAAAUGCCAUUAUUACAGUUAAUGGCAGUACUAACAAAACACUUAAGCCCUUUGCACAUAAUGUUGAACCUCUUCAGUUUACAAUGACAAUAUUAAUAUACUGUUUAUAUUAGGAGUUUGAUUUCUGAAUAGUUUGAGAUUUUAGAACACUUUCCUACACUGUACAUUUGUUUUUCCACAGAGGAAAUUUUAAAAGCUACAAAUGAUGCAUUUAACACUGAAUGAAUAUACUCCUGAGUGUACAUAUUUAUAGCCCAGACGCUAGACUAUGGCUGCAAUCCUCCAGCCAGCUGUAUGUGCUGAAUCCCGCCAGUAUCUGUGGGACUUCAAUGCACAUGUCCAGCUGCAGGAUUGCAGACUUAGAUUGCAAUUUGUUUUACAGUCUUUCUGCAAAAAAGAAAAAAGAAACGAAAAAAGACUUGUACAAAAUGCACUAAGAAGUAUCUCUAUGAUUUAGGGCUACUACAUAACUUAGGAAUGUUUUCUUUCAAAGUAAUCUAACAAAUCAGCCAUAGAAGUUAGUGUAAAUAUUUUCUUUUCAAAUAGAUAUCAUAUACAAAAGGCAACAUUCAAAUGAUAUAGAAUCUAGUUUUUAAAAUCAGCACAGAUCUUCUUAAAACUGUGAACUAUGUUUUGAAAUACUCGUUGCUAAAGCUGUUUAUAAACCACAGGUGCCAUAAAAUCCCUAAACUAACUCACGUUAACGUAUAAUCUUUCAUAGUAUUGUUUAAUAGCUGUUUUAGAACUUUAGUAAGCAUGUGUUCUUUCACAUUUCUCCAUCCUUCACAUCCUGUUUGUUGAGGCCUUCAGCUUUAAAUGUACAGGCUUUAAAAGUGCGCUUGCAACUAUUUUAUUUUAUUUCUGAAUGUGCAUUGCCUUAGCCAGCCACCAGAUGUUCUGCAUGCAUUCUUGGAAAUGUGGAAUGAGACUUUCUUUCAGGACUGAAUGGGGAUACUAAGUAUAUCUAUGAAAAACACAGAGGGGAGUACAGUCCUCCUACUAACUAUAUGUAGUUACAAAGGUGUCUCUUUGAGUAACACUUAACAUCCUAUUUCAGCUAUAUAACAGGGAGGAGAGAGACCAUUGACCUUUGCAUCCAUCUGGAUUAUAAAAGGGGGGGGGGAGUUGCAAUGAGAUUUCCCAGCCAUUGGUAUGCAUUGAGUUAGCCAGUAGCAACUCACACCAAUGAUAUUUUAGCUAGGAAUAAAACAUUAAGUAAGCUGGAAAUUUCUAGGGUUCCACUAAGGUUUUGAAUACAUGGCACAGCAAUUCUAAUAGUGGGUGUCAGUUUGGAAAAGGGUCAGUUUUAUAAAUCCCGUGUUUCAUGGAAACAUCGUAGAAAAUGUCCUAUCAUUAACCAUUAUAAAGCUUCUCCCAAAGAGCUACUACAGAGUUUGUCCAAAUUAGAAGUUUAAUCCCUCUUCUGAUUCUACUGGAAAUAAGGAUUGGACAAACUUACUUGGGUUAAAAAUAGUUACUAGUACUUUUCACAGAUGCGUGAAAUCAUUGCUACCACUGGCCACCUUCCUCCUUGUGUAUGUUUCAGCAUUGUCUCUAUGUAGUCAAAUCACACGAGUCAGACAACUGCAGAAUAUAAAAUAUGUUUACAUAGAGACACUCCCUAACCCAACAUUUGCAAUAAAUAAUCCUUACUCCUGUUCAUAUCUGCCAACAGGUAGAUACAUCACAGGUUAUGCAUAACCUGUGAUCACUUACCUCUCCUGUACCCUUCUCUCAGGAACCAGAACUCUACUAGUGCCUAGCACUCAGCAGAUAAAACCACUACAGUGUUAAGAAAUCUUGCUGACACGUCGCUCAGGAUUCCAGUCAGGUGUUUCCUGAAGAGAGACAAACUGGACCAGAACACAGCUCUGUCUGAAUGACCCAAAUCCAGUCGCAUAAUUGCAGUUGGGAGUAAUAACCACGUUGCUUUAAAACAUUUUAUUUGCACACCUAUAUUGCAUGUAAGAUCCAUGCAUGAGUCUUACAUUUCAAGGUUUAUGUAGCACUAUUGCCGUCUUCAUUCUCUCAGCCUGGUUUCAGCACAUAACCCCCAAGCAGUGCUCUAGGUGGCCUGCUAUGCUCCAGAACUCUAAGAUUAAGCACUUUUUAAUUUGCCUCUCCACAAAGAAAAACCUCGUUUUACAAUAUUACCCAGCGCUUGAGCUGGUAGUGGCCCAGCAAGGACAGUACUUCCCCCAGUUUCUCUGCAGCAUGUGUUGCGGAGGGAGCAGGAGUGCCACCAUCUAUCCAAUGCUACCAUCCAACCAACCUCCAAGGCCAUCAGUCAUUAUAAUGCAUCUUUAAAUAAAGAUGUACAUGUGAUAAAGUUCCACAGAUGUUAUUCUGUGACCAGACCACAUUUUCAAUUCCUGGAUUUUAUUUGUGCUCUUCAGGCCUCCAUGAGUUGGAUUUUAUGUGCGGGUGCCCCAUUUAAACAUUAUGCACAGGUGUGGGUGUCUGGUGGGACAGAUAUGCCUAGAGGGUGACACUGGAAGGCAUCACCUCCCACAAAACCGACACACAUGCCCAUGUAGGAAAGUGGUCAGAUGAAAGUUUUGUCCCAAAUGGGUCUAUGUUUUAGCCCACUCAGUCCUCAUCUAUUUGUUUAACUUGGUUUGGAUUGUGAACAUUAAAGUUACAGAAAGGGUUGAACUGGCCUGUUAUAAAAAAAAAUCUGGCCAGUUACCGCAGCCAAAAACUCCUGUUGUGGAUUGUCAGUGGAAAGGUAGUGAAGAGAGAGGAAUGAGAAUGUGAAGAGGAAUAUGAUUCUUGAAUGUUGAAAGAAAAGAUGGAGAAUAGAUUCUCUGUAAGUAGUAAUGUUAACUAAAAACUGCAUUAAAAGGUGUGUGGCCUUUGUUGUGAUAAUAUGUAUUUUCUUAUAUGCAUGAGACAAAAUGUUGCAUCAUUAUUUAGCACAGAUGUCUGCCUUUACUUUAAUCAUCUUCUCCCAUCUUUAUUAGUUUCUUGGAAUUGCUGUAGAUAUUUAUUGUAAAUACUGCAACCUCAGGUUGCAACAGUUAGGUUGGUUCAAUUCAGUGAAAGGAGCCUUGAACAACGAGCACGCUGCUGUGUCCUGAGAAGAGAGGGCAUCUUACUUGUGAACCAAAAAUGUAUGAAGAGUUACAUCUUGAGGCUACUGUCUGAUGUUUUUAACUACUGUUAUUUCACACCAGUCCAGACAGACUCACACUACAAAUUUUACAUUGUUCAUUGCUAUUGUAAACAGAACUAUUAUUGUAUGGGGUUUUUUUGUAUUGUUGUUAAGUAUUGUUUUGUGUGUGCGUGCGUGUGUUCAAACCUACUGGGGACAUGUUAUAUUUUGAAGUGAUUAAACUAUUUAAUUGUGUGUCUAUAUUUUGGAAUGGAAUUAUUUCUUCAUUAAAAAAAAUAAUUUUUAAAAGUAA